GUAAGGAAAAAAAGAAACUGUGAAAAUAAUUUUUCCUAUCAACAGUUGUUAGAUGAUCUGAAAGGAAUUUUAUGAAGUUUAGUAGUUUAUCAAUAUGGUUAUGAUUUUUAAGCAGAAAAAAAUUCUCCUGCUACGUCAUUUUUUUUAGGGUAAAUGUCUAAAUGGUAAAAGUUGACAUAGAAAAAGUUGUAAUAGUAGAAAAUAGAGGCCCUCAGUGGUUUUGUUAAGCCAUUCUGCGCCCGUUUCAUAGACAUUUACCAAAUCGGAUUCAAUUUUGAUCCACCCGCUCGAACCCGCUGAACAAACAUCCAUCGCAUUCCCGGCGGUAAUUUGCUCCGAGUAUCUUGUUUUCAAUUCCAAGUCUUGAUCCAGAAUCCAGAAUCUUAUAGCUUAUUAAGCAUUAGCCUCCCCAGUUUUGAAAAGGAGGAAUGGAUCCGGAUUCUGUGAAAUCUACUCUCCAAAAUUUGGCAUUUGGAAAUGUAAUGGCAGCGGCAGCUCGUGAUUACCAGAAGGAAUUGGUGGCUCAAGAAAAGGCCCAGUCAUCAGCAACUGCGAAUGAGGAAGUUGAUCUUGAUGAGUUAAUGGACGAUCCAGAGCUGGAAAGAUUACAUGCAGAUAGGAUCGCUGCUCUAAAGAAAGAAGCUGAGAAGCGGCAAGAGUUGAAGCGGCAUGGGCAUGGAGAGUAUAGGGAGAUAACAGAAGGGGAUUUUCUGGGUGAAGUUACUGGCACGGAUAAAGCUAUUUGUCAUUUUUACCAUCGAGAGUUCUAUCGUUGCAAGAUCAUGGAUAAACAUUUGAAAUCUCUCGCUCCAAAGCAUGUGGAAACAAAGUUCAUUAAAUUGGAUGCAGAGAAUGCUCCUUUCUUUGUUGCUAAAUUAGCUAUCAAAACUUUGCCUUGUGUGAUAUUCUUCAGAAAUGGAAUUGCGGUAGACAGGCUGGUAGGGUUUCAAGACUUGGGUGCAAAAGAUGACUUUUCAACUAGGACACUUGAAGCUCUACUAUUAAAGAAAGGAAUUAUAAAGGAGAACAAAGCUGAAGAUGAGGACGAUGAUGAGUAUCCCGAAAGUAGACGUCGGAGUGUGAGAUCAUCUGCGAAUGUAGAUUCAGAUUCAGAGUGAUGGUGAAUGGGAAGACCUGCGUCUUCAUAGCACCUAGCACUGUUAUGUUUAGGAGGAGGAAGCCACCUUUAGUGCUAAACUGAUCCCGGAAAACCUCUGUUGUUGUGUUAGGAUAAGAGGUAAUCAUAUUAACAAUUUUAUGAUGCAUGAACGAUGCUUUGUUUACAUCUGCAUUCCUAACUGGAGCUGGAAUUUGUAUUUUUGAAAAAGUGGGCUGGAAUUUGUAGAAUGGAGAACGAUUUUGUGGUGAUAUAUAUUUUUUUUAAUUCACUUUUAGUAAAAGUAAAGGCAAAUAUAAGGUCCAAAUGGGUUGUGGAGCAUAGCUUUUGGGCCUAAUCCGCAAGGAGUGGAGCUUAAUUUUCCUUCAAUGUUGGUUUUGAAAG